CUUCCCCCGUUCCCCUCAUGACUCUUGCACUGGUCGUGCCUUCCCCGACAUGUCGCAUACCUGAGCACAACCAACUUCUUUCCUCGCCAUCAUAUUCGCUCCUGGUCACUUCUUCCUCUCACCUCGUCCACUGUUUCCACGAACGUCGUUGCUGCAUCGACCAUGGCACCACGCAAGAAGACCGAAGAUAAGGAGAAGCCCGCACCGAAGGCCACGGGGGACGAGGCAGCCGAUAUGAUCCUCAACUACUUGCGGAGGGAGAAUCGUCCUUACUCGGCCAUCGACAUCUCCGCCAAUCUUCACAACGCAGUGACGAAAGCCGCCGCAGCUAAGAUACUCAAAGAUCUCCACGAGCGCAACGAGAUUGAAGGCCGAGCCGCCGGCAAGCAAAUCGUCUACCACGCCAUCCAGAACCCAGAAGACUCCAUCACCCUCGAAGCCCUCGCCGCCCUCGAGGCCAAAACAACCGACCUCCGCACCCGCACUGCCGUCCUCCAGUCCACCGCCAAAACCCUCCGCGCGACCCUCGCGACCCUCAACUCCACGCUCAGCACCGCCGACCUCGUCGCCGGAGUGACCGCGAUGGAGACCGAGAAGGCGGAGAUCCAGGGCAGGCUGGAGAGCUUGAGGGCGGGCAAGGCGAAGAAGGUGACGAAGCGGGAAAGAGACGAGGUGGAGAGCGCGUGGGAGAAGUGGGGCAAGAUGGCGCGGAAGAGGCAGAAGCUUAGCAAGGAGGUGUGGGAGUAUGUUGAUGCGUGUUUGGAUGAUGCGGGCCAGGACAGGGAGCAGAAGGCUGAGGUGAGGGAGAGCUUGGGGCUGGAUGAGUAGGGCGAUGGUCGCU